GUAAUAACAACCUUGUCUAACAAAACUGACGAAAAAAGACAACCAUGAAUUACCAAUUUUACCCUUGGGAGAAACCAAAAUGACAUGAUCUGAUCUGUGCCUAAGUCGCCAUUAACGACGACUCGGCUAAGCUGAACUGCGAGAGGAGCUGCGUCCACAGGGAAACGCAUAGCAUAUUCGUAUUCCGGGGAAGAAAGAAAGAAACAUCAUGUGUUCUUCGGAGACGAUCAACAUCGCUGCGAGUACACAGAAACUUGAUGUUGAUAAUCGAAUUGCUCUUCGCUUCUACUACAGAAUUGCCGAUAAUAUCCUCAAACAGGCUGAUAUCUUUCGUGCAGAGACAAAUAUAGUUGAUCUGUAUAUCAUGCUCCUAAGAUUUUCCAGUUUGGUCUCUGAGACAAUACCUCGUCACCGAGAUUAUAGAUCAUCUCCUCAAGGCAAGAAAGAAGCUUUGAGAAAGAAAUUGUUACAUUCUAUGAAUGAGCUAGAGAAAUUGAAACCGAAAGUGCAACAGAAGAUCAAUGAGUUUAACAGCAGGCGAGCAUAUCAACCCAAUGGGUGGGAGAAAUGUCAUUCAAAUAAUUUUAUGGAUUUUUCUCCAGCAAAAAAGCAAACUUUGACUAGUUAUAAUAAAAAAAAGGCAGUCAUACCAACCACUGGAGAGUUUGUUUACCAAGGAUCAAGGGGCCAACAGUUUUCUAGUGUAAGGCCUGUGGAAGAGAAUAUGAGGAGACUAUCUCUAAGUCUCCUACGCCCAAAGGAGGAAACUCUCUCCAGACAUUCAAUUCUAGGUCCCAAUGGGCUGAAAGGGCAGUGGCGACCACCUGCAAGUGAUAAAGGGGUCAGGUAUCCAACCAUCAUAGAUCUGUCUCCAGUUGAAAUUCCAAGCCUUCAACAACCCUUGGUAGAUGGAUCUCUGACUAAAAAAGAUAAUAGCAUUUCAGAACAACAUAAAUCAGAUUUAGAAUCAAUUCUUACCCAGAGUGAUGACUGCAAGGCAAAGCAUGCUGAUGAAGCUCCUUCGCUUAUCUCUUUUGAAGCAACAGAAAUUCCUGCUCAAAUAGAAGUUACCAGACAGCCUUCUCCUCCACCUGUACUUGCUGAAGUACAAGAUUUGGUUCCUGCAAUGUUACCUCAUGUUAUUGAGGAAGGAUGUAAGACAGAGAUUCCAAUGUCGGAUAGUAUUGUUCGUGCUGAGUCUCCGCUGCAACUACACAUAUCAACUUCUAUGAUGGAGAGUUUUAUGAAGCUUGCCAAGUCAAACACUGACAAAAAUUUAGAGACUUGUGGAAUCCUUGCUGGUUUGCUUAAAAACAGAAAAUUUUAUAUUACCACUCUAAUAAUCCCAAAGCAGGAGGCAACAUCCAGUUCUUGUCAAGCUACAAAUGAAGAGGAGAUAUUUGAAGUACAGGAUAAGCAGUCUCUUUUCCCCCUUGGGUGGAUCCACACACAUCCUACACAAUCUUGUUUCAUGUCAUCAAUUGAUGUACACACCCAUUACUCUUAUCAGAUUAUGCUGCCAGAAGCUGUUGCAAUAGUUAUGGCACCAACCGACAGUUCAAGAAACCAUGGCAUUUUUCGGUUGACAACCCCUGGUGGAAUGUCGGUCAUUAGACAAUGCCAGCAGCGUGGCUUUCAUCCACAUAAUCAACCUCCAGAUGGCGGUCCCAUUUACGAUACAUGUACAGAUGUUUACAUGAACCCAGAUUUAAAAUUUGAUGUCAUUGAUCUUCGAUGAGAAGGAGAAGGAGUUUGUUGUUUCUUGAUCUAGCCAUAUAUAAUUGUUCAUAUUACCAUUGAAGCAACCGUGGACAUCAUAAUGCAUGUCUUGUCUGGCUGUGUUUGUAAAAAGAUCGGAACUAUUCACCCACGCAUGGUCAUUCACCAGGUUUGGUCCAAUCCUGUGCAGAUAUCUAUGAUUGUUUCUUUUCAUUCUGUAUUAUAUUGCCAUCAAUUCAAAGUACCUAGUAGCUCCAAUCUAUGGGGUGAAUCAAAUAUAGAGCUUCAGCUUUUGGACUGCUA